UCAGUGAGCAUUAAACUUCAAACCGAAGAUAUGAAUCUUGAUGAUGCCGUUACUAAACUAAAAGAUCUUGUUUCUUUCUUUAAGGAUUACAGAAGGAAUGGAUUUGAGGGGGCAUUGGAAGAAGCUAAAAUACUUGCAACAUCCAUGAAUAUAGAGCCUAUUUUUUAUGAGGUACGAGUACGAAAAAGAAAAAAGCACUUUGAUGAAAUCGAUGAGAUAGAGGAAGUACAACCACCACUGCAAGAAAAAUUAAGGUCUCUUGAUGAUAGUACCUUACGGAAUUCUUGUGUGAAACUUGAAAAGUACCUAAGCUAUGAAAUGGAAUUCGAUAUCAAUGGGGAUGAGUUAUAUACGGAGUUGAAGGUUUUGCGAAGUUUUUUGCCUAACGAAACAAAAAAGGCUAUUGACGUGUUGAGUUUCUUAACAAAUAUGGGUGGCUGCUAUUCAAAUGCGUAUAUUUCAUAUAGAAUUUUAUUGACAAUCCCUGUUACAGUUGCAUCUGCAGAAAGAAGUUUUUCGAAGUUAAAGUUGAUCAAAUCCUACCUUCGAUCAACGAUGUCUCAAGAAAGAUUAAACGGACUAGCGAUGUUAUCCAUUGAAGCAGAUAUGCUAAGUAGUAUUGACUAUGAUAGUAUUAUAAAUGAGUUCGCAUCCGUAAAUGCGAAAAGGUCGAUCUUUACGUCCAUUACUAGUAUUGUAUCUUCUUGAACAAAAUGAUAAAUGUUUGGUAAUAUUAUACUCAUAUCAUCAUGUGUUAUCAGGUA